UGAGCGCCUUUCUCAGUGCGUGUCUCUCUACUGUGGGAUGUUACACCGAUGACAACUCUUUGGACUUUAACAUGUGCACGGAGGAGAGCGGCAACAGAGACUUUUGCUCGCACUUGUCAAGGAACACCUCUUGAUGACUUUCUCACCGCUGGAUGCCACAUCUGGACCCGGGACGAGACCUGACCUCUCUUUUCUCUGACUUCACUAUGUUGGACUAGCUCUCCAUAACAUCCUUCUCUCGUUCUUAAAAAAAAAGAAGUUUUUUUUAAAGUUUUUUUUGGACUUGGACGUUUUGCUGCCAAAAAGACUACAAAAAAAUGGAACACUCAUCAGUCAUCAGAGUGACAUGUAUUUUCGUUUUUAUGGGUCUCCUUGAUAAUAGGGUAGACGCUAAUGAAAUCUUAGGCUUGAAGCUCCCCAACAUCGACCCAAUUCUGAAUGCCAACACGGUGUGCCUGACACUGCCGGGCUUGACCCGGCGCCAGCUGGAGGUGUGCAUGCGCAACCCUGAUGUGACGGCUUCAGCCAUCCAGGGAAUCCAGAUUGCUAUCCACGAGUGUCAGCACCAAUUCAGAGGGCACCGAUGGAACUGUUCCAGCCUGGAGACGAGGAACAAAAUACCUUACGACAGCAUCGUCUUCAAAAGAGGUUUUCGAGAAAGCGCCUUUGCAUAUGCCAUUGCAGCAGCAGGCGUGGUGCAUGCUGUGGCCAAUGCCUGCUCCAUGGGCAAACUGAAGGCCUGUAGCUGUGACGAGAAGCGGCGUGGCGAUGAGGAAGCCUUUCGCAUCAAACUGCACCGCUUGCAGCUGGAGGCCAUCCACCGAGGGAAGGGGAUGGUACACGGUGUCAUGGAGCACUUCCCUGCCGAGCUUCCCGGACCCCAGGACUCAUGGGAGUGGGGAGGCUGCAGUCCUGAUGUGGAAUUUGGAGAAAAAUUCUCGCGGGACUUCCUGGAUGCCCGCGAGACCUACAGGGACAUCCACGCCCGUAUGAGGCUUCAUAACAACCGGGUUGGCAGACAGGUGGUGCUGGAUCACAUGAGGAGGAAAUGCAAGUGUCACGGGACAUCAGGAAGCUGUCAGCUAAAGACUUGCUGGCAGGUCACUCCCGAAUUCCGUGUGGUUGGCUCCAUCCUCAAAGAGCGUUUCCACAUCGCCACACUUAUCAAGGCGCACAACCGCAACACCGGGCAGCUGGAUCACUCCCACCACAACAACAACAACAACUACCACAACCAUCACAACAACCACCACCACCACCACCACCACCAUCACCACCAUCACGCGCACCGCCGCAGGCCAAGCAUCAAUGACCUUGUCUACUUUGAAAAGUCGCCGGAUUUCUGUGAGCGGGACCUGGGUUCGGACUCAGCGGGAACGCAGGGCCGGAUCUGCAAUAAGACCAGUCCAGGCAUGGACAACUGUGAGACUCUGUGCUGCGGAAGAGGCCACAACAUUCUGCAGCAGACACGCAGUGAACGUUGCAACUGCAAGUUUCACUGGUGUUGCUACGUGGUGUGUGAAGAGUGCAGGAUAACAGAGUGGGUCAGUGUGUGCAAAUGAAGAAGCACUGGAAAAGACUGCAAGAAAACACGGAAAAAUACCAUUUAAAAUUCAGAUGAUUGACAAGAAAGGGGUCUGUGACUGUGAAAUGUGUGCCCCGCUCCACGUUGCGUUUUGCUUUGCAGGACAGAGGAGCAGAACUGCGUGAAGAGUGAGAAGAGCUUCAGGCGGCAUAAAUCUGAAUGUUGGAAAGAGACAUGCCCAAAGCUGUCACAACUCUGCAAGCAUGGAUGUUUUGCAUUUCUUUUGAUACAAAGAAGCACACUUCUAUCAGGUAUAUGAAAGCAACAAAUGCAAAAAGAAAAGAAAAAAAAACAGCACUGCACUAUGAAACCCGUACACACAGACAAUAACACUAUUUACAGCAUAAACACCAUGUUCCAUAACAUUUCCAUGUCUUAUAUUUACAUUUUGUGCGGUAACAAACAGACUGUUUCACAGCAAGUAUUUGUUAGAGCAUGAUGGAGCACAGAGAUGUCAGGUGCUCUUCAAGGGCACUUAAGAAAUGAAAUGCGUAUGUGUUUUUUUUCCACAAUUCUAUCACUGAAUAUUAAAUUGUUGCAAGUGUGACGUACACACCAGCCAUAAAAGUUCUGUCUGCUAAAGGCAAGCAAAUUGGACCAAAACAGAAUGUACUACUUCCAUAACAGGACCAAGCGGGAGGACUUUGAAUAAUAUAGGACGGCCUAAACCCUAAAUCUGAGACUGAAAUUUAAUGACAGUUGAGAGAGCGAUCUGAUAAUCUGAUUGCUGCUGCUGCUUCCUGGGGUUUCUCCUAUCAGACCUGAGCAACCGGAACCAUUUCCUUCCGUUUAAUAGAGGAUGUUGAAAUGAAAGCCGCCCUAAUUAGUUCUCCAUAGAAAAGACACAAUCACACCCGAGUCACACGUUAUCAUGUAAAAGGACUGUCAGUGCCCAUUGGAUCCACAAGGUUGGCAUUUCCUGUAAAUAUAUAUAAAUAUAAUCACCCUGUAUAAAUAGAAUGAGCACAUGAACACGUUUUAUCACGCGGUGUGCUGCGUGCAACACUCUGUGUGGCCUUUGUGUUACGUGUACACAGUACCUACGCUCACACUUUGUAAGCACACUUGUGGAUAUUCUGAUGUCAACCUCCAAGUAGACCAAUAAGAAAGCUCCAACAUGCACACUUCUAAGCUGAUAAAAAUGUACAUGAGUUGGCUGGUUUCUUUAAAAAAAAAAAAAAAAAAAAAAGUAAUUUAUUUCAAGUAAAUAUGGUCCUGUGUUAAAAGUACAGAAUACAGGAAUCUUGUUUCUGGUGUUUCACUGAUUUUAAGUCUGUUUGCACCAGCAGAACUUUAUCCAGGAGGACUCUGGGAGGUAAGUAUUUUCUCAUGAAUUCAUGUAAAGUUUGUAUUUUUUUUCUGUUUUUAUAUGUUUGUUAUCUAAGUUAUUUUGCUUUUGUGGAUAAGUUAAUAUUUGUACAACAAUAAAGAAUCAUUCUCAAAUGGGUAUUGAAUAAGAAGAAAUAAUAAUUAUUGUUGCAAGUUAGCUGCUGCCGGCAAACGACACUAAAUUAAGCUAAAUGCAAUGUGGGAUUACUUUAGCGAACAGAAAAAUAAUCUCCAUCGUAUUACAUUGAUUAGCACUAUUUACGUUUAAUACCUUUGCAGAUGCACAAAUGUGGUAGACAUAUUGUGUUUUUUCGCAUUCCACGCAGACGUUACAUUUGGAUUCAGUCAUGAUGCUUUCUAGUAUUUACACCAGGGGUGUCCAAAGGACGGCCUGAGGGAAAUUUGUGGCCCGCGGUUUUUGGCCAGUGGCACAUUCUAGAAGAAAACUAAAAAAAUAUUUUUAAAAACCCAGCAAAAGUGGAAAAAUCAACAGUAAAUUUACAAGAAUAAAGUCAAAAUAUUAAGAGAAAAAAGUUGUAAUGUAAUGAGAAAAAGUGGUAAUUUUACGAAAAUUACAUCAUAUUUUUUAUUUUAGUGGCACACAGUUCAAAUAUUAAAUAAAACAGACCAACAAAAUACUGAAUAAAGUUGUAAUGGAAAAUUUGGUUGCAGAAAAAGUUAUGUGACUAUUAUGUGAAUAAAGGCAUAAUUACGAGAGAAAAAAUUACAAGAAGAAAGUUAAAAUAGUUAGAAAAAAAACAUCAAAAAUGGAAAGAAAAACUGCUGUAAUGCUACAAGAAUGAAGUAAAAGUAUGAGAAUAAAGUCAGAAUUAGAAGAAGAAAGUUGAAAUAGUUGAAAAUUUAAAAAACAAAAACAUCAGAAAUGGAAAAUACAGCUGUAAUUUGAUGAGAUUAAAGUCAGAAUAUUAAGAGAGAAAAAAAGGCAAAAUUGUAUGAAAAUUUAUAUUAUGAGACAAAAAUAACUUUAGUUCCAUAGAGUUAAAAUAUUAAAGAAAAAUAUGUUAAUUAUGUUAUUUUUUUAUUUUACAAACUAAACAAAAUAAGAUGAUUUUUUUUUUUUAAUUGGGUUGAGGAAUAAAUCGGGAAUAAUUUUUGAGAAUAAACUCCCAUGUAA